GAAAAUAUUUUGCUCGAGUUAGCCUGAUAACCCUUGUCACCUUCCCCCCUCCGGUUCUUUUUUCUCUUUCUCAGUUUCCAUAGGAGCAAACCCAAAGAAAUCAUCAAAAAGGGCAAAAAAUGGUGACUCAGCACGGCAUCAAAUACGCCGUCCAUCUAAUCACCACUCACUUCGGCGAUCUCGUCGCCAAAGUUUGUGAGUGUCUCCUCCGGAAAGGACCGUUAACUCUCCAAGCCAUAGUCCGGUUCACGGAGCUCACCUCUUCUCAAGUCAAAAACAGUUUGCUUGUCUUGAUUCAACACAAUUGCGUUCAAGCUUUUAUUCUCGAACAGCUUGGCAGUCAUGGAGAUGGAGCAAAACUUAACACUCAGUACAUAGCAUUGUUCAAUAACAUAAUCCAUCGUUGGAGGUUUCCCAAAUUCUUGACUAUUGUCUCCCAGAAACUUGAUAAACAAUGUGUUGAACUUUUCGAGGCUUUGCUUUUGCAUGGAAGGCUUACCCUCAAGCAAAUGUCUGAUCGAGCAAAAUCAGCUCAAAAUGAAGGAGAUGAUGUAAUUUUAGAUGCUGUACGAGAAGCCUUUAUUAAGUUACUGAAUGCUCAUUUUGUUGAACGAUGCCCUGCUGCUGAGUCUGUUCUGACAAAACCAACUGAAGAAGAGACUUCCGCAAGGAAGCGAGUUCCUAAGUCUGCCAAGAUACUUGAAGGAAAAGAAACAUUAGAGCAACGUGUUUUGGAAGCUGCCACACCUUCUGAAGCAUUAAGAUUUUUGCUUGUAACACGAACUGAACCUGCUGCUGAUGGAGGGAAGGAUGAGAACAAUUCCUCUAACAUGACAGUUGGCAAGAAGCGCAAGCUUGAUGCUUUAGAGUCAGAGACAGAAGGUGAGGCUACAGAUGAACAAGUAGUUCUUUGGCGUGCUAACUUUGAGGAAUUUAUACGUCGUCUUAGGCAUAAGGCUUUCAUCGAGAAUGUGAGGGCAUGCCUGGAUGAUGGAGCUGUUAUUGUCAUAAGUGCGAUGCUGGAAGCAACUAGAACUGCAGAGAAGAAAGUUAAAACAGAGAAUUCAGUUCCCUUGUCACUCAAUUCCAUUUAUGAAGAGGUGAUAAAGAGUGAAGAAGGCCGUAAUAUAACCUUUGAUCGUGUGAGAGCCUCCCUUGUUCAGUUGAGUUGUCCACCCUUCGUAAAAGCAGUCAAUGAGUCGUACAGUAUUGAUUUCAAGAAAAUAAUUGAACUAGCUCAGAAUGAUGAGGUGGAAUCUAUUGUGUUGAAAAGAUACGGAAGGGAUGCAUAUAGAAUGUUUCGGUUGCUAUCAAGCACUGCUCGCUUACUUGAGACUGAUAAGAUUGCAGAUACUGCAUUUGUUGAAAAGAAGGACACAACAAAAAUUCUUUAUAAGCUGUGGAAAGAUGAUUAUUUGCAUAUGGAGAAAUUACAACUAACAGGAGCUAGACAAUCACAGUUCUUGCUGUGGAAAGUGAAUAAGAACACUCUCUGGGAGCAUGUACUAGAUGAGAUGUUCCAUGCUGCCUUAAAUUUGAGCCUACGAGUGGCUCAUGAGUUGGAACAAGAAAAGGAGCUUUUGAAUCUCCCUCAAGAUAAGCGCGUUAACCGACUAAGAAAAGUCAGGUUACUCUUGGAAUCAUCACAGAUGAAACUUGACGAUGCUAUCAUGCUUUUCCAUGACUUCUGAAGCAAGUGCUGCUGCCAUUUUAUUGAGUAUCGGAGGGAUGUGCUUUUAGACCAUUUAUCAGUCUAUCAAUUUUGUAGUUCCGUUUGACGCCAUAGGGAUUCCAAGUGUUCAUAAUAGCACUAGGGUUCUCACAAUGAUACUUUUUUCUUAAUUGUCAAAGAAUGAGUUCGUGUGUGCCUUGGAUUGAAUCAAGUGGAAAAAUAAUAUCACUGUUUUUUCAUAGUUUCA